UGUAAAUGUGUGUGCAAAUUGAAAAUAUAGGCAUUGUGUGUCUGUAAGUCUACUGUGUGUGCGCACUACCAGAGUGAAAAUACCAGCUCUGUUAUCAUGAGAGAUUGAAGUUAGUUCACAUCGAAUGUUCAAAGUGUACACAUUAAAAGGCCAUUAAAUUAGUAUAGAAAAAAUAACAUAAUAAAAAAAUGAAGCGAAUAAUUAUUGAUUGUGAUCCGGGAAAUGGUGUAGCUGGCGCAAAUGUUGAUGAUGGUUUAGCAUUGGCGCUCGCAAUAGCAUCUCUUAAUAUCACAUUGGAAUUAAUCACAAUUGUUGCGGGUAAUACACCGGCAACAGUCGGUUAUCGUGUGGCGCACAAUCUUGUAAAACGUUUGGGAUUGAGCAUUCCGGUGCGAAUGGGCGCAACAAAAGGACUAAAAGAACCUUUGGAACAGUGGCGCGAAGUACUCGAUCACAAUGUGGAUCAUUUGAAUUUGACACACUUGUGGCAUGGCGUACCCCAACCGCCAAAUGUAACUCCGCCAGAAACGGAAGAAAAUGCAAUUGAUGCAAUUGGACGUCUAAUUUUGAACAAUCCGGGCGAAAUAACUCUGAUCGGCAUUGGUCCGCUAACCAACAUUGCGAUGGCAAUCCAACGUUAUCCAAAGCUAGUCGAAUCAGUGGCUGAAAUUGCAAUUAUGGGCGGUGUAUUCAACGUUGACAAUUAUCUGAAAGAUACAAACUUUGGCAUUGAUCCAGAAGCCGCCAAAAUUGUAUUGAAUAGUGGCGCAAAUAUUACAAUCGUACCGAUGGACGUGACCACACAAACAAUGUUAACACAUGAAUCUCUUGAGCGCAUUACAAAAAUCGAUAAACCACUGACACGCUAUAUCUAUGAAACAACUCGCCCUUGGAUCGAUUAUUCGAUGAAAACAAGAAAUUUACCAGGUUCUUGGAUCCACGAUGCGCUCGUUGUAGCUUCCUUAAUUGACCCACGUGUUGCCACAACAAAAGAAUAUCGAAUGGAUAUAGAACUUCGGGAUGGACCAACGCGUGGUAAAUGUUGGCGCUAUUGUAAUCCACUUCGUGUUAGUGUUGGCAUUGAUGGUUCAGCAGGUGCAUUGGUUAAUAUGUUGCAAAGCGUCGAUAAUCAACAUCUUUUAAACAUGAUUCAACAAGCUUUUGAUGCAUCCACGAUCUAAUGAUCAUUUUUUUGUGGCCGUAUGCUAAAAUGUAACUUUGAAAAAAAGGCGAUGAAGCUUCACAAGUAGUUUUGAUUUAAUUAGUUCCAUCAUUAUUAUAAUCCAAAGAAUGUUACAAAAAUAGAUUUAAAAAAAAAAAACGAAAUUACCGAAAAUAUAUUGAUAAAAACUCAGUACUGAAUCCGGUAAAAAUUCUACAAUCUGUAUUUAAUACAAUUUUUUUAAUGCUUAAUAAUAAAAUUUUUAAUUCAUUCAAACAAAAUAAAGAAGUGAUC